AACGCCACACCUCACUGCACAAACUUCACCCACCCUCACUCGGCCAAAUACACACACACACUCUCUCUCUCUCUCUCUCUUUUCUAUAUAUCUUGGUCCUCCAUACUUAUCACAAAAGCCUUCUCUUCCUCUUUCUCUGAAUCAAAAAAUGACAUCAAAAGACUGUGGCCACGACGACGACGAUCGUAAAGAUGCAGCCCGACGUGUAGUAGGUGGCAUCUUAACCUUCAUAGUCCUAGUCCUAUUGGUGGUAUUCAUAAUAUGGCUUGUCCUUCGUCCAACAAAGCCCCGUUUUAUACUCCAAGAUGCAACCAUCUACGCCUUCAAUAUAACAGCACCAAACCUUCUAACAGCCACCUUUCAAGUAACCCUUUCCUCCCGCAACCCAAACGAGCGCAUCGGUGUCUACUACGAGCGCCUAGACGUGCACGCUUCAUAUCGGAAUCAGCAGAUCACACUUCCAACAAGGUUGCCAUACACUUACCAAGGUCAUAAAGAUAUAACCAUAUGGUCUCCUUUUCUAUAUGGUAACACAGUUCCAAUUGCCCCUUACUUAGGGAUGUCUCUACAACAAGAUCAGAAUGCUGGCUUGGUCAAGAUGGAUAUUAAAAUAAAUGGUAGAGUUAAAUGGAAAGUUGGUACUUGGGUUUCUGGCAAAUAUCAUUUGAAUGCAAAUUGCCCUGCUUACAUUUCAUUUGCUAAUAAAGGUAAUACUAAUAUUAAUAAUAAUAAUCCCUUUAAUCUUGGAUCUGCUGCUCUUAAGUUUCAGCUUCCUAGUAGCUGUCAACUUGAUGUUGCUGUUUAAAUAUUACGGACUACCUCAUCACUCAUCCAUCAUCCAACUCGAUCGCCAUUCCUGUUCGAUCUCUACUUUCCACUUUUUUUUUUUUUUUUUUUUUUUUAAUUUUUAAAUCUGGUAUUAUUGUUUAGCUAUUAAUUAGCUCCUUGUAACUUUUACUCUCAUACGAUUAUCUUUCUUUUUGGUUGGAGGUAAAUUGUUGGUAAAGUGAAUAAGCACAGUUUUCAUAAUUUGUAAAUUCUAUUGAUGCGAUCCAAUGAUUAUUAUUAAUUGUUAUA